AUGUCUUCAGACUCCUGGUUUCACAUGGACUCCUCCCGUUCCUCGGUUGGAGGCCUGCAGUUUUCCAACUCCAACCGCUCCUUGACUUGUCAGUCGAUGGAGGAGUGCGUCGCUUUGGCUUCCACGGGUCUCUCACGCGGCAUUCACUAUUGGGAGUUCGUCAUUGACCGACUUGAUCCGGGUGGACAACCAUCGUUCGGCAUUGCCAAGUCAGAUUGCAAUAAGGAGGCCAUGCUGGGUCCUGGGAUUACGUGUCUGGUUUAA